AUGGACAACGUAUUUUGGAACGGCUACGACGCGAGCAACAAUGCGUUUACGAGGAUGGAGGCGCAGACGAAGGAGAAUGCGCCCGAGGGCAACACUACUCUGCCCCGCAGGUCGUCAGCCUCCAACACCGACGCGCAGCAUGGAGAAGGCAAGAUGGCUUUGUCUCUGCAAGCCAGCCCGGGGAGGGCUCAGCCGGGUCGUCGGGCUUUGUCGCGCAGCGCCAACAGCCUCUUCUUCCUCAAUGAUCUACAAGGUCUCCAGCGCGAGCCCUCCUUCGAGAACAUCGGCGUCGCGCCCGUCGACACUUGGAACCUGGGUAUACCGGUGGAGACGUCUCUCUCAGACUUGUCCAGCUCCGAGGAUGAUGAGGAUGAGGACGACGACGAUGAGCCUGUCGCGCCGCCGCCGCCACCUCCCUCUAGGGCGAGGGGUGGCAGGAGGCGUGCCAGUGCCCCGAGGAGGAUGGCGGGCGGCAGAAAGGCGCGGGUGCAGGAGGACGCGGAGGACAGCGAGGACGACGCGGGUGCCACUGCAAAGCCACCCAUCAGGACCGCACGAUCGUCUGGUAGGACCAGGGGGUCGGCCACUACGCGCGGGCGUGCCUCCACGCGCGGGCGAGCGACCUCUACGCGCGGGCGAGCCUCCACUGCGCGCGCGCAGACGAGGACUCGCACCGGGCCUGCCCGUUCGGCGGCUGUGCAGACGCCCAUUGAUGAUGUUGCAACUUCGAACUCAGAGUCCUUGGAGGAGCUGGAGAGGAGGUUGCGCGCGGAAACAAUCGUGAUACUGAGGAGGAAGCAAGAAGAGGAGGCCGCCAGGCGCGCGAACGCUGAAGACCAUGCGCGCGCGGACAGUGGCGACGACUCGGACACGGACACGGAGAGCGUUGCGAGCGCGGUCAGCGAGGUCGGCAGCAUCGCCCCCGCCGUUCAGCUUUGGAGGCCGAUCGCCGACGACGUCGCCGACUUCACCCCUUCCCCUUCUCGCACCCCGCCGGCGACAGCCUCUGCGCCCGAGCCAGCUCCCCUUCCAUCGGCUACUCCGGAACCCGCCGCGACCUCUCCUCGGCAGACAUCGAUCGAGGGCGAGGAGCGCGCGAUCGAGGCGCAGCCUGAGGUCGAGGACAGCGCGAACACGCCCGCCAGCCCCGCGCCUGCUCACCCCAACCAUGUCCCGCGCGAGGAGAGCGCGCAGCAGGCCGUCACCGCGCCAAUGUCGAGCAUGCCCGCCAAUCUAUCUGCUCGCCACUCGUCGCCUGCUCCUGCGCAGAACCCACCGCGCGCUCUUGUUCAGAAUCCACCACCCGCUCCUGCUCAUUUCGCGCCACCAAAUCCUGCGCCAGUCCAGCCGGCUGCCCCGGUCCCUUGGUUCAGCCAGGCUGCACCCAUGGCUUAUGCGCCCACGCCGUACACGAACACGCCGAUGGACGGCAUGCCCGCCGUCCCGCAUGCCCAUGAGCAUCGCCAGCCGCACAUUCACAGUCACUACCGGCUGCCUGCUCCUUCGUACCACCCGCAGCCCGCCCCCAUGCAUUACCGCCAGCACGCUGCACCCGCCCAAUCGUCCUACGGUGCCGUGCCGCCCCAGGCGACUGUCGAAGCGCAGCCCAUGGAUUCGACGAUGUUCCCCGCUCCUCCGCUCGUUAUGCUCGCGCCGCCGAUGCAGUCCCAGCCGCUCGUUCAAGCCCCCGUCGUAUCGCACGGCAGCGUCCGCGCCAACAAGCGGCCCUGGUCGUCGACGCAGGAGCCUUGGGCGGCGAACUAUACGAGCGCCGCUGCGCCUGCCCCGGCGCACGCGCAGGGCACCAUGGGCGCGCAUGCGGGUAGCUCGACGCAGUCAUCGUCGGGUUCUGUAAGCUCAGGCGUUUCGUCGAGCCGCAUCGGUGCCCAGCGCCCCACGCACACGAAUUCGAAUGGAACGGCUCGCAACAUUGCGCCGCUUCCUUUUUGGCCGCCAGCGUCUUCUGCAAUGCUAGGACCUGCCAACUACACAGGCGCCUAUGGGGCCCCAGUUGGAAGGAAAUAUAAACGCAUCUUAUACGCCAGCGACCAAGUGCCCACCGUCGUGGCCGUCUUGCUCAUGCUGCAGGAGGUGAUCAAUGGCGAUGCGGUGUUUUCCGAGGAGCUCUACCAGAUGAUCUAUCACCAUCAUCCCGACUACCGAGAGCAUCUGGAGAAGGCGGUGGCUCUUGCCCGGAAACCCGACACUUCGGCUCCUCCGCCCCCACCGAGAAAAUGUGAGGGAGUUAAGGACACCACUGAGCCUGUCGCACCAGGCGCCCACCGCCAUGAAUGCCGAUGGGACCACCAAGGUCACCCGGGCAAGUGGUGCGGAUGGGAAUUCGAGAUCGAUUACUCCCAGCUGGGCAGCAGCAGAUACAAGGAUGAGAUCUACGAGCACAUUAGAGAGCAUGUGGGGCAGGAUCCCAAAACCCCUAUUGGUUGCCGUUGGGAGGGGUGCACUUCAACCUCCGUUUUUCAGAACGUCGGUGGCCACACUGCACAGCACAUAUUCCCCGACCCAAUUCGUGACGCCAAGCGUGCUCGCCUUGGCUAAUGCGAUAUCGGGACGCGCUUGUGCAUCGUGCUCUCGCCAACCUUGCCCACUUACUGGACUUACGUUUCCUUCUCCUUCUUAAUCAUUCCAAUUAUGUAUCCUUCCUAUG